AUGGGGGAAAUACGACAAACCACACUCAGGGGGAAGAGAACAGAGCGUGAAGAAGCAAGUGAUAUCUCGAGGCUGUCAAGAACCCACAGUCGAUCAACUCGAAGAGGAGAAAGUACUCAACGAGCUAAUGAUCGAGAAAGUAUGGGAACCAGUAAAUUCGCAAUUCACUCAAAGACAAAGUCUAUGAGUAGGACGCGAUCUGUGAGUAAGACGAGCUUACAACAUAUUGCUGGGUCGUCCAGCACUGAUCGGACUAGGGCAGUCAGUUCGAUCAAACACCUAUCCUUGAAGUUCCAAACACCAGAAGGUGUGGGAGUGGUGCGUGGUGACCAGAUGCUAGCUCGCGAUUGCUAUCGCAUAGAGUUGCAGCAUAGGAAGGCUGGUCAUAAGUUGAUGGCGAUCUUGGCAAAAGAAAUCGAAACGAAAGACGAAGAUCUUGACCCCCGAGUUCAAGAUGAGAGAAACCUAUUAAAACCAAUUAAGGAAUUGGAAGAGGAUCAAUUCGCCUGGAGCCAUGGAGAUAUGAUAGGGAUCGACCCUUCUAUUAUCCGUCAUCAUUUAAAUAUUGAUCCAAACUACCCAGCGAAGAGGCAGAAAAGGAGACCCUUGGAUUUUGAGAGACAAGGGGCACUAAAACAGGAAGUGAAUAAGUUGUUGGUCAAUGACUUUAUACACGAGGUGUUUUAUCCCUCAUGGAUAGCCAAUCAUGUUCUCAUCCCGAAGCCUAACGAAACUUGGAGAACUUGUAUUGAUUUUUUUGAUCUGAAUAAGGCGUGCCCAAAAGAUUAUUUUCCACUAACCAAGAUCGACCAAUUAGUAGAUGCAACUGCUGGGCAUGAACUUAUGUCAUUUAUGGACGCAUAUUCUGGAUAUAACUAG